AGAGAGUCACACAAGUUUCCGACCAAAAUAGCUGCCCCCAAUACCCGGCGAGACUACCACUUGUGAACUAUCCCUUGGGCUUUCCCUUCUCUAUAACUAGCUCCCACAUUCACAUUCACCCUCCCCCGAACAUCUCCUUCCUUCCUACUGUAAGAGACUAUUCGCUUUCUCUCUCUCUCUCUCUCUCUCUCUCUCUGCUUCUUGCAACAACAAUGACGGACACGACGGACGACAUCGCCCAGGAAAUCUCGUUCCAGAGCUACGAAGACGACUGCAAAAUGCUCGGCAAUCUCCUCCUCGAGGUUCUCCAGCGAGAAGUCGGCGCUCACAUGAGGGACAAAGUCGAUCGCAACAGAAUCCUCGCUCAGAGUGCUUGUAAUAUGAGAAUGGCGGGGAUAGAUGACACGGCGGAGAAGCUGGAGAAGCAGCUAAUCUCGGAGAUGUCGGACAUGAGCUUAGCCGAGGCGCUCACCCUCGCUCGUGCGUUCAGCCAUUACCUCAAUCUCAUGGGCAUUGCUGAAGUUCACCACAGGGAGAUUGUUGAUCUGUGCAGGGUUCGAAGACAGAAGAAGGUGGCAACUUUAACAAAAUCUUGUGAUGAUAUUUUUAAUCAGCUUCGGCAGGGUGGUGUAUCUCCAGACCAGCUUUACCAUACUGUUUGCAAUCAGGAGGUCGAGAUUGUUCUCACUGCACAUCCAACACAAAUUAAUCGCCGAACCUUACAAUACAAACAUCUUAGAGUUUCUCAUCUUUUAGAUUAUAGAGACCGACAGGAUCUUACUAGCGAAGACAGAGAUAUGGUGAUUGAAGAUCUGGUACGAGAAAUAACUUCUAUAUGGCAGACAGAUGAGCUUAGGCGCCAUAAACCCACACCAGUUGAUGAAGCUAGGGCAGGUUUGAACAUUGUGGAGCAGUCCCUUUGGAAAGCCGUACCUCGUUAUUUACGUUGUGUCAGCAAUGCUCUAAAGAAACACACUGGAAAACCACUUCCACUGACUUGCACACCAAUCAGGUUUGGGUCUUGGAUGGGGGGUGAUAGAGAUGGAAAUCCCAAUGUGACAGCAAAGGUCACGAAAGAUGUCUCACUUUUAUCUAGGUGGAUGACUAUUGAUCUCUAUAUUCGAGAAGUUGAUAGCCUGAAUUUUGAACUAUCCAUGAAUAAGUGCAGUGAUAGCUUGUCAAAAUUGGCUCACGAAAUUCUAGAGCUAGAAUCUGAGUGUGACGUUCACCAAAGUUGGAAUCAUCAUUGUUAUAAUAGAAAUCAGGUAAAGCAACAAGCUGCCGCACUUCCAACGCAACUUCCAGCUAGAGCUGAUCAACCCUCUUGCACCGAAUGCAAUGUUGGUCAAUCUCACUACCCCAGAAGUGAAUUUCCUCGAACUGGGCGGCCUGGGAAACUAAGUCAGCAGGAUGAGCCAGAAUCUUCAAUGCCAAAGUCUCCAUCCCAGAACUCUCUUCGUAAUGCUGGUCUCAUUGCCAAAAGGAAAAUGUUUGCUGAGUCCCAGGUUGGAAGGUCUAGUUUCCAAAAGCUUCUGGAGCCAAAGCCCACUCAGAGAUCUGGCAUUGGUCCUUAUAGAAUUGUUCUCGGUAAUAUAAAAGAUAAGCUUAUAAAGACACAAAGACGGUUGGAGCUUCUUCUGGAGGAUCUUCCUUGCGAUUCUGAUCCAUUGGAUUUUUAUCAGACAUCAGAACAACUUUUAGAACCACUGAUCAAAUGCCAUGAAUCUUUGCAUGAAUGUGGAUGUGGGGUCCUAGCUGAUGGUCGGCUUGCUGAUCUGAUCCGAAGAGUUGCUACCUUUGGGAUGGUACUAAUGAAGCUCGACUUGCGUCAGGAAUCUGGUAGACAUGCUGAAACACUUGAUGCAAUUACCGAAUAUUUGGAUAUGGGUACAUACAGUGAGUGGGAUGAAGAAAAGAAACUGGAAUUUCUAAUAAGAGAGCUCAAAGGAAAAAGACCGCUAAUCCCCCUUAGCAUGGAGGUUGCUUCUGAUGUUAGAGAAGUACUGGAUACCUUCCGCAUGGCUGCUGAGCUAGGGAGUGAUUCACUUGGAGCAUAUGUGAUUUCUAUGGCUUCUAACGCAAGUGAUGUCCUUGCUGUGGAGCUUCUGCAAAAAGAUGCACGACUUGCUGUUAGUGGAGAGAUAGGAAAGCCAUGUCCUGGUGGAACGCUGCGUGUGGUUCCUUUGUUUGAAACUGUUAAGGACUUGAGAGGAGCUGGCUCAGUGAUCAGGAAGUUAUUGUCUGUUGAUUGGUACCGGGACCACGUCAUCAAGAACCAUAAUGGGCACCAAGAGGUGAUGGUCGGAUACUCUGAUUCUGGGAAAGAUGCAGGGCGUUUUACUGCUGCAUGGGAACUUUACAAAGCUCAAGAGGAUGUCGUAGCUGCAUGUAAUGAGUACGAUAUCAAAGUCACCCUGUUUCAUGGGAGAGGGGGAAGUAUUGGUCGUGGAGGAGGCCCUACAUAUCUUGCCAUUCAAUCCCAGCCGCCUGGCUCUGUGAUGGGUACUCUACGAACUACUGAGCAAGGAGAGAUGAUUCAGGCAAAAUUUGGGCUGCCUCAGAUUGCUGUCAGACAGCUAGAGAUAUAUACAACAGCUGUGCUGCUUGCAACAUUGCGUCCUCCACAACCUCCUCGAGAACAAAAGUGGCGUAACCUCAUGGAGGAGAUAUCCAAGAUCAGUUGUCAGAAUUACAGAAAUGUAGUCUACGAAAAUCCAGAAUUCCUUACCUACUUCCAGGAGGCCACACCACAGGGUGAGCUUGGCUACCUCAACAUAGGGAGCCGCCCCACAAGAAGAAAGACCUCUACAGGAAUUGGACAUCUUCGGGCAAUUCCAUGGGUGUUUGCAUGGACUCAAACCAGAUUUGUUCUUCCAGCAUGGCUUGGAGUUGGGGCAGGUUUAAGGGGGGUUUGUGACAAGGGACACACUGAAGAGUUGCAAGCUAUGUACAAAGAAUGGCCUUUCUUCCAGUCUACCAUUGACCUCAUUGAGAUGAUAUUAGGGAAGGCAGACACUCCUAUAUCCAAACAUUACGAUGAAGUCCUCGUCUCAGAAAGCAGGCGCCAUCUUGGUGAUGAACUGAGAAUGGAGCUCCUAGCGACAGAAAAAUUGGUGUUGGUGGUUAGUGGACAUGAGAAACUAUCUGCCAAUAAUCGGAUCUUGAGGAGGCUGAUUGAGAGCAGGCUUCCCUAUCUUAAUCCCAUGAACUUGUUGCAGGUUGAGGUACUCAAGAGAUUGAGAAGUGAUGAUGAUAACAAAGAACUCAGAGAUACAUUGCUAAUCACAAUCAAUGGGAUUGCUGCAGGGAUGAGGAAUACAGGCUAAGUGCUUGUUUACCGGAACAUUCCAAUUUGCACAUUGAAUUUUCGUAGUCUUGUAUUUUUUUUAAGUAAAAAUACAAGCUGGUAUAUAUAAACAAACACAGCCCGGAUUCAUGGGCAAAUUGGAAGAGACAUCUUCCAAGAUUAUUAACUGUAAAUGUUCAGAGUACAAAAACGACUGCUCUAUUGCAACUGUAAAUGUUCAGAGUAGUCUAUGCUAAC